CCACUUAAUCCGCUCUGUGUGACCGGUGACGGAUUCGAUCAUUCUACGAUCCGCUCCGCAUCGCCGGUUAAAGGGGGUGACGAGUUAUUUAUUACCUUUACGGAUUCAAGAUGCCUCAGCCAAACGCAGCAGAUGUCAAGUCAAUCAAGAUCGUUAUCGUCGGUGCCGGCUCGGUAGGCGUGACGACUGCGUACGCGCUGCUCCUUGAUAGGUUAGCGGCCGACAUUGUGCUCAUCGACAUCGACAAGAACCGGGCGAUGGGUGAGGUGAUGGACCUGAGCCACGCGGCGCACUUUGCACAGGCGCGCGUGCGCGUCGGCGACUACGAGGACUGCGCCCACGCGGCGGCGGUCAUCAUCACGGCGGGCGUCAACCAAAAGCCCGGCCAGACGCGCCUCGACCUCGUCAAGACCAACUACGCGCUAUUCCGGGACGUAGUGCCCCGCAUCGCACGCCACGCGCCCGACACCAUCCUCGUCGUGGCCACCAACCCGGUCGACGUGCUCACGCACGCGGCCCACCACCUCUCCGGCUUCCCACUCGAGAGGGUGAUCGGGUCCGGCACGGCCAUGGACACCACCAGGUUCCGGCACGAGCUGGGCAAGCACUUUGGGGUCAACCCGCGGAACGUGCACGCCAUGAUCGUGGGCGAGCACGGCGACAGCCAGCUGCCCGUGUGGUCGCUCGCCACCAUCUGCGGGAUGCGGCUGCACGACUACUGCAGGGCGGCCCGCAUGGAGCACGACGAGGCCGCACUCGAGGCCUGCGCCAAGCGGACCAGGGAGGCCGCCUACGAGAUCAUCCGGCGCAAGGGCAAGACCAACUACGGCGUCGCCUCGGUGCUCGUCAGCAUCCUGCAGCCCAUCGUCACCGACAGCGACGCCAUCAUGACGGUCUCGAGGGUCGGCACGUACGCCGGAAUCCAGGACGUGGCCCUCAGCAUGCCCUGCAAGCUGAACCGGCAUGGCGCGUACCAGGACGUGCCCCUACUCCUCAGCGAGUUGGAGGAGGCCGAAUUGAGAGAGUCGGCCCAAAGCAUUAAGGAGGUCCUCAUGUCGUUAGAGAAAUAACUCUGUUAACUCUGUUCAUUUUGUUCUUUAAUUAUUCAAUCCUUGGCAUUGUUAAUUUAACUAUCGAUUUAAG